AUGCCGGAAAAUCCGAGAUACGCAUUGCGAGAUGUACCGGGAAAGAGAAAUGGUCUUGUUGCAACCCAGGACAUUCCUAAGGGUACUCGAAUCAUUGAAGAGAAGCCAAUUAUGACGAGGCCUAAACAAGCACCCCCGGGAUUUUCCCUCCGAGGUCAAUUCAAUGCCCUCAAUAAUGAACAACAGCAAGCAUUCCUAUCUCUGAAAAAUGUACACCCUUACAAGAAUGCGGAUGAGCAAUACUUCGGUAUCUUCAAGACAAAUGGUCUUCCCAUUGGAAGUGACGAUGAGGGCGGACUGUUCAUUGAAGCUUGUCGGAUCAACCACGCUUGCGAUAACAACGCCUUUAGCAACUGGAACACGAAUAUCCGAAAGCACACUAUCCACGCGCUGAGAGAUAUCCACGAAGGCGAAGAGAUCACAAUAAGCUAUCUUGGAUCCCGCUCAUGGCCUCGCGAAAUUCGACGUCAGAUUCUCCAAGAGAAAUUCAAAUUUUUGUGCUCAUGCAAUCUUUGCGCUUUACGCGCCAGGGAAUCCAUGCAAAUUGACAGAGAGUUGAUGAAUAUCGCUCGGAUUAUGACUCUGAUUCCAGACACCUUUAUGAGAAAUCCGUUGCAGGGCGUCCGUUACAUGGAUCAAGCAGUUCAGCUACUCACUGGCAAAGAAAUGGGUGUCAGCUUGCUGGGUGGACUUUUUGUUGAAGCUUCUAAGAUGAACAUAGGUCACGGUGACUUGGCAAGAGCUCGUAUAUUGGCUGAGAAGGCAACGCCUUACUUGAUAAUAUCAUAUGGCAGUGACAGUCUACAAGUGCUCGAUAACCAGCAACGAGCGAACCAUCCAUCUAUGAACAUCUACUACGGCUUGUCAUCUCUAGAUUGGGCGACACCCGUCCAUGAUGUCCCGUCAAGUCUUGAUCCCAAUGGAUUUGAAGACUGGCUUUGGAGAAGAGAGGGACUACAGAAUUCACUAAUUUAUUUCGAAAGUCCAAACAGUUUUUUGAGCAACUCCAUUUUCCCCUCAUUUCCGGAACUUCCGCAUAGACAACGGACGAGCCCAGAAUUCUAUGAAAAUGCUGGAAAGUCCAAUUACCGACCACGACGCCACUGGUGUUUCUUGGGCGAGAUUCUGGAGUUUGACAUAUCAGUUCUCGCAAUUCUGGUCAAAGACGUUGAUGACAGAGAAGUCCAGCUCUUACUCGAAACCAAUGCACGAGGUAUAUUUGCUAGACUUCGAAAAGCGCACACGGUUGCAAUUCUCUAUGCGCAACGUGACGGCAAAAUUACAGAACCUUAUAUCAGCCUUGACAACGUCGCAUUACUUCAGGUAUGGUACUCAAGUGGUUUCCACUAG